AUGGUUUAUGGGCCCGAAGCUGGGGAGCCAGGUGGAGUCAACCGCUCUGGUUCUCCAUAUCCGGAUGUCCCUGGGCCCCACGAUGCCGCACCUGACUUUGGUUCCUGUCUUGCGGAUGCGGGUGCGGGUGUUAACGCGGCGGAGGCAGAGGCCGGAACGGGGAGGCUGUCUUUGAUCACCAAUCUUGACCAUCGUGAAUCAUUACUGAAUCAUGGGCAUGGGUCCGGAGGCGCUCCCGUCACAAUGUCCGGCGUGGCUACGGGCUCGGCAACCGAGAGAACCAUCGAGUCUGCACCUCAGCGACAUGUCACCGGCGCGAAGGCUGUCUCAUGGGGGGACCUGCCCCGGAAGGACCAGCUUAUUGUCAUCACUCUCGCGAGGUUGAGUGAACCGCUUGUCCAGACCUCUCUCCAGUCCUAUAUGUUCUACCAGCUGAAGUGGUUCAAUGCCGACCUUCCUGACUCGACCAUUUCCAGCCAGGCUGGAAUCCUUCAGUGGGUCACUCUCCCAUCCACCGAUAUCAGCAAAUAUGCUCCGGAAUGCCGUAGCGAUAUACGAUACACCCAGCGUCUCCCUUUCCGACGUAUCUUUACGCGAAACGUCAGCUUCACACUGGUUGCAAACUUCCUCCUUGCCUUUCACGUUGGUACCUUCAACUCGCUGUGGUUCGUCUUCCUUUCCACGCCCAUGUACGACCCAACCAGAACCGCAGCAUCUCCAAAUGCCUUGCUGCGGAAUCUCCCUUUCAUCUUUACCGGGGGCUUAGGCCUACAACCCCGUGAGGUGGGCAUGGCCAUGGCUAUUCUCGGUGUUAUUGGGAUCGGCCUUCAGCUCGGACUUUACCCGCGGCUUUCUGCACGGUUGGGUACGGUCAGGAGCUGGCGCUUCUUCCUCCUGUUUUUCCCCUUUGCCUACUUUCUAGUGCCAUAUCUAAGCUUGGUGCCGAGCUCCUCGCCGCCACCAAGCCCCAAAGACGGAAUCGCGGUGUGGAUGGCCAUUGCUGGAGUGCUCGCCCUUCAGGUCGUUGGACGCACGUUUGCGUUGCCAACACAGACCAUUCUAGUCAACAACUGCACUCCGCAUCCAAGUGUGCUAGGGACGGUACACGGCAUCGGGCAAAGCGUUAGCAGUUUUGCCAGGACUUUGGGGCCCAUGCUCUGUGGCUUCCUGUAUGGGCUUGGCCUAAAUAUGGGAGUCGUUGGAGCCGUAUGGUGGGGCUUGAGCGGAAUGGCCAUACUCGGGUUCCUGGCUAGUUUAUUCGUAUGGGAGGGUGAUGGGCAUGAGAUCUGGUUAGAGGGUGACGACGAGGAUGGCAUCUAG